GUUCAGACUCUACUGACAGAGACGAGAGACACAAUAAAAAGGGCAGCACUAGUGGGUUUGCAGCAAAUAUCUAUAAAAGCUAUCUAUAUUUUUACAUUUUAACAUUCGAAAGGACUCAACUUGAAGUAAAGCAGACAUGUCUACAACACAAUACAAUGAGGGGAAUGUGUUGAAGCGUGUGGUAAAACUGCCACUAGUCAGCUCAGCAUUGCAGCAAGCCUUUUCCACCUACAUGGACGUGAAAGGUCACUAUCCACUGCUCAGGUUUAUGGGCAGUGUAGCCGAGCUGGGUAUCCGCAGUGCAUCCAUGGCAGCCAUGAAACAAGCAGCACCUCUGCUACAGAACCUAGAACCAGAGAUAGAGGCUGUGAACAAUUUUGCUCUGGUGGGUUUGGAGCAACUUGAAAAGUUUUUCCCUAUCCUCCAACAGCCCACAGAUGAGGUGGUUGCUAAUCUGAAGAAUGCUUUCAUCUCGCGGAUAGAUCAUGCGCAAUCUCGUAUGAACGAUGGGCUAGACAGAGCUGCAGACACAUGGGACAAAUUGUUGGAGCUCAGUUUGCGCCUCCUGGAGGCAGCUCAAAAAACAGCAACUGGGCGAGUUAUCACCGCUGGCCUGGACGAGCUCAUCGCUCAAUCAGAGGAGGCAGUUGCUUACUACCUACCCCUGCCACCAACACUGCGUCAUGAGUGGGAGAGAAAAGUGCAGAGUUAUGAAGAUGAAGAGGAUAGCGAUGAUGAAGAAGAAGAGCCUCGGAUGUGGACACGUAUCCGCAGUCUGCUGUUGUGUGUGUAUCUGCAGCUGUACCACAAAUUGAUGAAGCUGAGACAACGAGUGGACAGCGUAUUCCAGACAAUGGAGGCAGCUGCUGAGACGGUGGGUCUCAUGCGGCUGAUGGAGAUGGUAACAUCUCUGCUGCAGCUGCUUCUGACAUUUUACAUGUCUCAGGUGCAUCGCAUAGAGGAACAAAGAUCUCUGCUCAUGGCUCAACUUGCCUCAGGUAUACGGGCACUGAAGGGUCUGCCUCCUGUACAGCAGAUGCUGGAUCUACCUGCUCAGGUACGCAAUAUCAUGAGUGACCUGCUGGAACUGGGACAGAUUCUCAUACAGCUGCUCAUCAACACUACCCCACUCUAUGACCUGGUGAAACAGGUGUCUGAUCUGGAUGCAACCAAUAACCCAACAUCAGAUGAACUUCCUGAUAGUCCAUCCAACCGGGUCUCUGCAAACAGCCUCUUCCUCAAGGCCAUGGAUGGUCGUCCACGUCGCCGCAAGAGCCUUUACACCCGUUCUCGACGUGGGUCUGCCAGCGGCCCUCCAGUCAGCCCAGCUCUGUCUCCAACUUCUACCACAGUUCCAAAUGGCCGUAAGGGCAGUUUAAAGAUAGAUACCCAGAUCUCAGGCCCUCCAGAACUUGACACAAUGCCUGUGCCCACUGAUAUGAUCCGCCGCCGUUCCUCAACCGCUGAGGUUCUGCUGGCACCUAUCAUGCAGUUAGUAUCACAGAGCCAAUGAGCAUUUGAGUUUUUGAGCUCUGUCUCUUCAUCUGAAGACCAGGUCAUUCCAGUGGAGGAAACCACAGAACAUUAGGUUCCACUCUUUUUUAAGAUUUAACACAUAAAUGUAAUCACAAACACAGAAUAGACAGCUCCUCUACAGCCACUCCAAUAGGUCUAAAAAAAUAAAUACAAAAAUUCUACAGUAGGUGGUGAAUAUACUAUUUUAAUAAUUACAGGUUAACUUUAAAAAAUAUAUCUUUAGCUUAGCAUCCAGUAUGCUCAGGCAUUUCAAAAACUAAAAUUAAGCAUUGAUUAGCCAUGUGUACUAAAGCCUGAAAAAACUGAAUUUAGUCCAGUGCAAUGUACCAUUUUGUCACAGCUGCUUUAAUAUGCUUCCGUCUGAUAUUUCAGUGAGAUCUGGAAUGAUUGCUGGGGGUUGAUUUGUUACUUUAAAUGACUUGAGACAACAAGCUGAAAUGAGAGAGCAUAAAGUCUAUAAAUAUGAUUCUGCAAAUAUCGAUAUGUAAUAUGCUAAUAUAUUUCUAUUCCUUGGCUUCACCUAAUAAAAGGCCAGCAUGCAUAUAUAGUUUACACACAUGACUGAAAGAGGAUAGUCCAUGUAGGUUACAGAGUGGAAAACAAAGUGAACUGCUUAAAUGUUCAUAAUUUCAUCAAAUUGAAUUUAAUAAUAUUAAAAUAAAAUAUGGAAAUUUUGGAAUUGUGAUGGAAUAUUAUGAAAUUUAAAUGCAUAAAUCUUAAGUAGGCUAAAAUAGUUUGGGUUUUUUUUAUUGAAAAGUGCAGGUGUCAUAACUGGUUUGAACAGAACAUUGGAAUUAAAAUGGAACUGGAAAAAUCUUUCAGUGAGAUUCUAAACUGCACUUUUAAACUGGUGCAACAUGUAUGGGUGAAUUCUUACCAUUUAGAUGCUUAAGUUUGACAUGUU